AUGAGGACCUCCUUCCCUUCUGCCCACUCUCCGUUCACACGGUUCUCAAAGCAGAGGAGGAAGGGUGUAAGAAGGUACCACGAGCCCUCUGUCCCACACAUCUAUCCAGAAGCAAGUGUAGUUCACCGGUUCCACCGAAUGCUCCUAUCUCUCGGCAAAGAUCGUGUGAGUGUGCAGUUAUGCUUCGGAUGCUUCGCCAUAGAAUAG